CGAGAGAGCGUGUCUCUCUCCCAAUUUCCCUCCUCCGACGUUGGUUGAAAAAACACGCUCUCCGCUGUGAUUUUUUUCAUUCCAUUUUUCGACUCGAACACGAACAGUUAUUCUUGCUCCUCUUGCUCAGUUUCUGUGCUUCCGUUGUGUUCCCGCGACGUAAACAACCGAAGAGCGGAGCUUACGCCCCCUACCGCCCCCCGGCUUUACAACGUGCUUGUUGUAAUUGCAAUUAAUCGUUGCUGGUCGGUGAAAAAAAAUUCGGGAGUCCGAAAAACGGUGACAAAAAGGGGCAAAAAGCACAAGUGCAGAAAAAACAGAAACUUGCGAGCGCGUGUGUGUUGGUGUGCGUUGGUGUGUGUGUGUAUAUUUUUGGCGUGCGCGGCCAUUUUUUCUUGUUGCCACUCAAGAGUCUCUUCUGUGUGCGAAAGAGAGGCCCGACCGCAAAGAAGAACGUAGCAAACUACGCAAAUCCCCACUAAAUUCGCCAAUUUGCGCAAAAUAAAUCAAUCGCUGGGGGCGCCAAAAACAAACAAACAAACGUACGAAAAUAGAGUGCCGCAAACCACAAACAAUUUACCUCAGCGAGAGUGUGUGCGUGUUUUGUGCAAAGAGGUGAGCGCACCCGCAGCCACCCACAAUCAGUCGGCGAACACGUGCUCCAAAAUAUCAACAAAAGUUGGCCCACAAAUAGGGGGCAACAACUGCAUCGGCCGCAAAGCCGCCACAUAAAAGGCACUUUUAAAUUGCACAAAAACGCGCCGAGUUGUGUAAGCCCGCCAGUGGAGUGUCGACUUCCCGACGACGAACACCGCCGCUCCAUUUCACUUGCACCACGCACCACCCCGGCAAGGCUCAGUUCGCCGACCACGCCCCCAAGCUGGACGCUCGCACUAUCGCCUACCGCCCGCUGACCCUUGGCGGCCAUCAGACGCCGCUUAUGGCCGAACUGCCAUCGGCGCCAAACGGCGUCCCAAGCGGCGAUUACCUGCACCGCUCCAUCGAUCAGCUGCGCUCUCUGGGUCACUUGACCACGGCCCAAUUGGUCCACGACUACAAGCCCUUCAACAUCACCGAAUUCCGCCAGAAUGUUGCGGAAAGGUUGGAUUACUCACUGAAGAAUGGCUUAGUGCCACACCAGCAGCAGAUGGUCAUGGAGCAGCCGCCACAUCCCGAUCCGCAGCAGCAGCAGCAGCACUUGCACCACGCACAACAGCAGCAGCAGCAACAACAACACCCGCCGCAGAUGAAGGUCAGCUACAGUGCGCCCAACUCGCCACCCACGCCACACGAGCAGCAGGAGCAAAAGUAUGAUCCGAGUCGAUCGCCGCCGCGUCAGCAGAUGAGCAGUGCCAGUGGGAGCGGCAGCAACGGAUCCUCGCCGGAGGAGGAGAGCCGCCGGGGCGAUGGCGACCAGGCGAAGCCGUACAAGUGCGCCUCGUGCAGCAAAUCCUUCGCGAACUCCUCGUACCUGUCGCAGCACACGCGGAUCCACUUGGGGAUCAAGCCGUACCGCUGCGAGAUCUGCCAGCGCAAGUUCACGCAGCUGUCGCACCUGCAGCAGCACAUCCGAACGCACACGGGCGACAAACCGUACAAGUGCCGGCACGCCGGAUGCCCCAAGGCCUUCUCGCAGCUCUCGAAUCUGCAGUCGCACUCGCGUUGCCAUCAGACCGACAAGCCGUUCAAGUGCAACUCCUGCUACAAGUGCUUCGGCGACGAGAUGACCCUGCUGGAGCACAUUCCCAAGCACAAGGACUCCAAGCAUCUGAAAACGCACAUCUGCAGUUUGUGCGGCAAGUCGUACACGCAGGAAACCUACCUGCAAAAGCAUCUGCAGAAGCACGCCGAAAAGGCGGAGAAGCAGCAGCACCGGCACACAACGCAAGUGGCAGCCCACCAGCAACACGUUCCGGCGAGUGGGAUCGGCUUGAAUCUGCAGCGCCAGGCGAUGAACGAUGUGAAUGCCGCCUACUGGGCCAAAAUGGGAGCGGACAGUGCGGCGGCCUCGCUGGCGGAGGCCAUUCAGCAGCAGUUGCCGCAGGCCGGCGGUCAGCCAUACGGCAACUUUGCCUCCCUGCAGCACCAGCAGCAGCAACAGGAACUGCUGCAGCAGCAUCAUCAGCGGCUGGCCGACACGCCGGGACAUUCGCACAGUCCUCACGAGGAGGCCGCUGGCGAGGAUCUCGUCCUGCGGCAGUCCACGCCCCAACAUCACCUCCAACAGCAGCAGCAGCAACAACAGCAACAGCAGCAGGCGCAGCAGCAGCAACAGGCGCAGCAUCAGCCGUCGUCUGGUCCCGGAUCGUCGGCCUUUACUCCGCUGGCGGCCACAGUGGUUCCACCACCGCCGCCACAUCUUCAACAGCAUCGCGGACCGCCGGCGGCCACCGCCGCGUAUUUGUAUCAACAGAAUGCGGCAGCUGCGGCGGCUGCCUUCCCCACGCAGCUGAUUUCGCUGCACCAGAUCCGGAACUAUGCCCACCAGCCAGGAGCGGCGGGCCUCAUCGCUGGCGACCACCUAACCCUUGGCCUGAGUGCUGUGAACGCCGCCAAGGAGAAGGCGCAAUAGUACAGGCCGGGUCGUGGCCAAAAGAGGCAGCAACGAUGACAUUAGCCUAGGGUCACCGUUUGAACUGGUUUGGAUUUAAAGCGCAAGAUCACAAAUUGAAUUAUCCUUUGAAUGCAUCUCAAUUUAAACAUGAAGUAAAUUUAAGCUACUAUUAGUUAGACGCAAGUUGAAAGUGGCGUAGGAGCUGGGACUGCAACUGGUUUUCCUGAGGAUUCCUUCCAAGCACAAAGCUAACCUUACAUUAAUAUUGUAUACGAUUCAGCCAAUAUCAACUUCAUCACUGCCUAAACCAACAAGUAAACCAACUGCAGUCUCCAGUUCCCCAGACCCUUUCAACUGCAAAAUGAAGUAUAUAAUUUCUAGGUCAACUCAGGAUUUUCUACACGAUAUUAAUGCCCUUUAUUUUCCCUUUUUAGUAUACAUAAGCAAUAUUAAAAUUAAAACUCUGAACUAUUUAAAUAAUACUUUGAACAGCUCACAGUUUUAAUAGAUUUAGGAGCCGUACAAAGUACUGCGAUAGAGUAAAAUAUUAUACAUAUAUAUUUUAUAGUGUACAUAGAUGUAUUUAAAAAUGUGCUGUACAUGUUAACGUAUCAACUUAGCUCUUAAACCCUAGAUAAAACUAUUUAAUUUAUGAACUAACUAGUAGAGUAAGGAUAUUUUCUACUCGCUAGGCAAGAGAAACCGAUUUGAAAAUGUAAAACUCAACCAAUAAAGUUUGAAAUAAUUUAUAAAACUAA